AUGGCCGUGGUGGGCAAUUAUUGGCUCCUUCUUGGCCCUGAGGGAGUCACCGAGGCCCACAAAGAGCUCCUCCUUACACACCGAGUGGCUACAUUGCGCCUGAUCAACCAAGAGCUCGCUAAAAUGAAGGGGUUCCCAUCGGAAGAAUUGAUUGGUGCUAUUGUUGUGAUGGCAGCUGGGGAUCCAGACCAUUUCCUGAAGCAGGCCCACUCCAGACAGUCCAAGUUUCAAUCACCUCUCGCAAAGGCACAGCUUCUGCAUAUCCUUGGACAUGAAUCACUGACAUCUGCACACCAUCUGGCGCUCUGGAGGUUGCUUCAUCUGAAAGGUGCACCUUGGGAAAAUUAUCAAGAUUUUGGAUUAGCCGAGAUCUGUGAACUCUUGUGUAUCAUCCAUGCCUCGAUAAUUGGGGAAAAGCCAGGCUUUCCUGCCAUCAAUCGUUCUCAACAGGCAUUUUUCUCUGGAAAGUAUGACACUGGCGAUGCCACAAAGGAUCUUCGGUUAGAAAUAACUAGAGCUCUUCCGUCAAAGGUAGCCAUGUCAUUGUUGGAGCUCUCUUUUCUCCCGUCUAAGCCGGCCAUGAUGGACGUCAUUGCCCUCAUGAGACGUCUCAACCUCGCACUCGACCAAUUCCAUCGUGGCGGGAGAGAUACUCCAGAUUUUGCGGACAUCAUUCAGGCCCGAAAUGGAAUUCAACAUAGGAUACUCUCACUCCCACAGGAUCCAAAAGGCAUAUCGCCAGCAGGCACGUAUCUGUACAAAUUAUGCCGACUUUGUCUUCUGAUCUACAGCAACAUGAUAGUAUUCCCACUUCCACCAUCUAGCGGUGUUGGGAGCCGAUACGUCACUGCCCUCAAAACUUUGGUGGUUGAAGAGAGUCAAAAGCAUCUCUUCCCGAGAAAAUCAAGUGACUUCAGACUCUUGCUGUGGGCAGUGGUGCUCGGUGGCAUCAGUGACGGCAGCGAUGUUCAUCGCUCAUGGUUCCUCCGUCAAUACUGCUGGGUGGCUUCCGACAUUGGGGUAGUGUCCUGGCAACAGCUUGAGACACAUCUAACUUCUUUUCUAUGGCUGGAUUUUGUGCUCAAUAAGGAAGCGGUGGGUUUUUGGGCGGAGUCUCGCAUGCGUAGUGCUCCAAUUAUUCUGCCAUGA